GCUGAAAAGAGUCUUGAUACAGCUAAAAAUGUGAUAAACCUUCCUCUCAAGUAUCUAGGGCUCUAAAAUUCCAACUGUUCUAACCAGGCCGCGAGAUUUUCAAAAUUCGGAGCGAACCUCAUUAGUGUCACGUGAUCGCGUCAUGCACUCACGUGGCAGUGACACCGACAGUGCUUCUUCGCUUCCUGAAACAGCCGUCUCGACCUCAGGCUCACGGGUCGCGUGCGCUAUCUGUCAUGCACACGAUCGGACUCCUCGUCUCAGCCCAUGGCUCUCCAGACACUCACCCACACGCCUUUGCCUUCACCGUCCUCUACUGCGAGCAGCGAUGCUGCUAAGAGCACGAGCAAGGGCCCAUUGAUCAACUCAGCCCCACUUGUCGUCUUAUUCCUGGUUUUGGCGUUCUUUGCGACAUAUCUGGGUCUCUGGUUAGUUCAGCGAGUGUUUAUUGUCUGCAACCGCUGGACGAACGCACCGGAUCCAAUCGGCGCCCCAGUCAUCAUGAAGCCGCGCCUCUUUGAUGUCCCGAUAGCAGAGAGGACGCGGUGGAGCGGAACUGGGACAUGGGCUAUGCGGUGGGAUGCUAUACAGCCUUUGUCUGUGGUGGCAACUACGCAUAGGAUGUCCAUCCCGCCUUCCAACCCCGAAACCUCAUUCUUUCUUCGCACGGUUGCGGGGGUCCGCCAGGACCACGAGAAGCAUGCGAUGCAGUCGGCGGCGCCAGACCGGCUGUGCAUCACGGUUGUCAUUGCCAUGCCCGUUGCGUCUGACGACGACCUGGACUGCUGCAUUGGACACUGCGAUGUUCCUUGGAAAUCGCACUGACCUACAGGCUGCUUGGUAGCCUAUGCCUUCAUCGACAUCAAGCAUGUGCUCUCCUCGUCCAACGACAUCGAGAGGCCCCCGAAUCGGAUGUGCUGGAGGAGGGUGUCGAUGCGUAACACUCCGCGGGCUCUGAUUUGAUCCGGCAGCGGACUGCUCCGCCAUCGCGUGUCGAAGACGACAUUGACUCGGUCUUGCUGCUUGGUGCAUAGCCUCAUCCACUCGGCCCACUCUAUCUGCGUGCAGAGCACGUCGUAGAUCGCGUCCAACACGUUCUGCACCGUGACGCCGAGCCAGUUGCGCGCUUCCGAGACCCAGGCCGACUCGGGGUAGAUCCCACACGUGAUGCGGAGCAGGGUGACGGGCGGGCUGGUCGCGUGUUGCGCGAGGUCGAAUGCCGACAGCGGGCGGUCGGGGGCGGAGAUGUGUGAUGCGGUGUGGGGCGGAUUGUGCAUGUCCCAGAGCAAGGCACAGCAUUGGCCCCCCUGUUCCUUGUGGUGCUGGUAUCGCAGCAAGGCGUGGAUAGUUGGGGUCGACAUUCUUUGGCAACAGCAUUGUCUCAGCACGUCUGUGAUUUAAGUAAUACGCGCAAGGGACAACAGCUUCUGCGCCUUCCUUUUUUGGAAUGACGCGACGGAGAGGCCACUGUGCGCACAGUCCGCUCUCUCUUCUCCCGCAUUUGGCAGGUUCGCGGAACCCAGAUGG